AUGAUUUCCUUUGAAGUUAUGCUUUAUCCAAAGAGGAAAACACAAGGCAAAGUUGGUUAUGCAACUCUUAAGAUGGACAUGAGUAAAGCUUAUGACCGUGUUGAAUGGGGUUUUCCACAGGCAAUGAUGGUAAAGAUGGGAUUUUGUAUGGAAUGGGUGAAUAAAGUUAUGAAUAUGGUAACAACAGUUACAUAUCAAUUUAUUCAUGGUGGAAAGUCGUUCGGAAAUAUUUCUCCGAGAAGAGGUUUGAGGCAAGGUGAUCUAAUAUCACCUUAUCUAUUUUUGCCAGUUACAGAGGGUUUUUUAGCCUUGUUAAAGAAAAUUUCUUUCCAAGGAAGAAUUCAUGGUGUCAAAAUCUGCACUAAAGCACCAUCUAUUUUACAAUUAUUUUUCACGAAUGAUGCUUUAUAUCUCUUUAAAGCAGCAACGAAGGAGGCGAUGACUAUUAGGCAAUGCUUGGAGAUCUAUCAGGCAGCUUCUAGCCAACAGGUAGAUUUUCAAAUGUCUAAUAUAUUUUUCACUGGCAACACUAAUGCAAGUGUGUAA